AUGGAUAAUAAAUACAUAUCCAAACUGUCACCUGCUAUUGAUUUUUGGGCAGGGAUAUACCUGGUGGUAAUUGCCACCCUGUCUAUCUCUGGGAAUGCAGCAGUCCUGAUCAAUGCAGCUCGUCGACUCACCCUGCUCAAAGCUCCCGAGCUGCUGACAGUGAACUUAGCCAUAACAGACAUUGGCAUGGCCCUCAGCAUGUAUCCUCUGUCCAUCGCUUCAGCUUUUAACCACGCAUGGAUUGGAGGUGAUUCAUCUUGCCUCUACUACGGCCUGAUGGGCAUGAUCUUCAGCAUAACCAGCAUCAUGACUCUGGCUGUGAUGGGGAUGGUCAGGUAUCUGGUAACGGGAAGUCCACCCAAGACAGGUAUCAAGUUCCAGAGGAGAAUCAUCAGUAUUGUAAUCAGUGGGAUCUGGCUGUAUUCAUGUCUGUGGGCUGUGUUUCCUCUGCUGGGCUGGGGCAGCUAUGGGCCAGAGCCGUUUGGACUAGCCUGCUCAAUAGACUGGACUGGAUAUGGAGACUCCCUGAAUCACUCCACCUUCAUCAUGGCUCUGUCUGUACUCUGCACAUUCCUCCCCUGUCUGGUCAUCCUCUUCAGCUAUUUUGGUAUUGCCUGGAAGCUACACAGGGCGUACCAAUCCAUCCAGAGCAAUGAUAUUCAAUACAGGAAUGUCGAAAAGAAAGUUACUCUUAUUGCUGUGAUGAUCAGUUUGGGUUUUCUCAUAGCCUGGACCCCCUACGUGGCUGUUAGCUUCUGGAGCAUGUUUCACUCCAAGGAGCAAGACCAUAUGGCUCCCUUCAUCACCCUGUUGCCAUGCCUCUUCGCCAAGAGCUCCACUGUAUACAACCCCUUCGUAUAUUUCAUCUUCCAGCGUACCUUCUGGGACAAGCUCCUGUGCCUACAGAGACUCCUGCCGUGUUGUUCACAUCAGGCCAAUUCCUCUGUUGAAGGACGGAAGGUGGAAGACAAAAUGGUCAGAAGUUCUGAUCUAAUCAGAGCUCCUGUCCAGUCAGUCUAA